AUGUCUGGCGCCUCUGAUAAGACAUAUCGGGGUGUGAUCAUCAAGGGGGUACUCCCCGUCAACCAACGAGGUUCUAGCAGACCAGUCUCACAAUCUGAAAGCCCCACAAUGCAGGCUCGCAUCGUAUCACGGUUGAUUCCCAUCAUCAAGAAGGAGGGACCGUGGCGUCUGUUAGAAAACGAUUAUAAGAGGGAGUUUCUUAAUCCUGCUGACCAUGAUGGCAAGACUUUUUCUCAGCUAUCAGAGACAGAGAGGAAGAUGCCCGAUUACAUAUCAAGCUGGGAGAAUGCCACAAUGGACAGUCUACCCUCCAUAAAAGACAUACAGGAGGCAGCUGAGUACAGCAAGAGGACGAUCGACGAAGCCUCGACUCUCAUCACAAAAAAUGAUGAUAUACAUGUACUCAUCAACAUGCCUCUGGCGCAAUGGACCGAGGAGCAAAGGCUGCACUACAACAUGAUCUACCUCACACUCUGCGACUAUCAUAAAGGUUACACCACAGGUUUCAAGAGUGCCAGUCAGGAGGCACUCGACCACUCAGCGGACCCGGAAAGUGAACUUCCCAUACCUGGGGUGACAGCAUGGGAAAGGACUACUCUUGUGUGGAGAGUGUUGUCCUCUCGAGCGCAUCUUGAGGCUUGGAAACUGCUGGAGACUAUAGAAGUGUUUGCCAAUUACCUGAGACCCUCACUUACGGCGAAGUUAGACGGAGUUAGGCUAAGUAGGGACAAUGGGAGCAGAAGUACGGCAAAGUUAGACGGAGUUAGGCUAAGUAGGGACAAUGGGAGCAGAAGUGCGGCGAUGUUAGACGGAGUUAGGCUAAGUAGGGACAAUGGGAGCAGAAGUGCGGCGAUGUUAGACGGAGUUAGGCUAAGUAGGGACAAUGGGAGCAGAAGUGCGGCGAUGUUAGGCGGAGUUAGUCGAAGGAGGAAGAGGAUGGCCGAGGGCUCGGGGAAGUUGGACGAAGAGCAUCAAGUUAGCCGAGGUUCGUCGACCGUCGGUCUGCCAGAAGAUAGUUGUUCGACGCCCGUGACACUGUCUGAAGUUCAAGGCCUUCGAGAUGCCCUCUAUCAGCGUCUAGACCAUGGAGUUGAAACUACACCACCAACAGCUUCAAAUCAAGAUGAUUCAAUUCCCAAACAAGAAUCAACACGUGAGAAGCAACUUGAAGAAGAGAUUAUUACCGCAAAAGAUAAGGUCACGGCUGCACAAGCUGCAGUGAGGGCAAUAGGAAAAGGAAAGAUGCAAAAGUACUCCAGGCUCACACUGUUUGAGAUGGGUGACAAGCUGAAGGAGCAUCAACCCACAGCCACAAUUUCCAAGGGAGUAGAUGUGCCAAAUGCUACACCCUCUGUCAUCCCCAUUACCACAAAGGGUACUGACCCCCAAAAUUCUGUUUGUCCUGUGGUUAUACUGAGGGACGGUAGUUAUGUAGUGAGAUAUUUCAACAGCUCUCAAAGCUGUCUGCUUGAGCUCAACAGAGAAGAGCAGAAGGUGGUUGUAGGUGAUGCUGGACUUGAUUCCUCUGUCAUGUCUGAUGACAUCAACUCACAUAGGCAAGCGAGGAUUGACUUUGACAACAUAUGGGAACAAGCCACAGCUGAUGGACCACCCGAAGCCUUGGAAUGCCUGACUUCUGCUGCCCGUCAAGCAGCACAGAGGCUGGAUGCGGCUCAAAGCUCCAUUUUUGACAAGAUUACUCGUCAUCAACGUGAGCUCGAUCAAAAAAAUUCACAGGGCGAGUUCAUAACCGUAAAAGACGUCUACGCUUUCCAGCACAGUGCUGCUAUGGUUGACGCUGCAUGUGAACACUAUGGCAUACUUGAGGAUGCCUUUCCAAAAUUUCUUAGGGAAGCUGAAACAUCUUACUUGGAGGCCACAAAGACACUUGAGGGGCUGAUGGACAAGGAUCCAGAUCUACUGGAAGCUACACAGCAGCAGGAAGUCAAUGACUAUAGCACAGCCUCAAAAAUAUACAUGGCAGCAACCGGAGCCACAUUGAUACAGACCAGGAUCAAUGUCAAUGAUCAGGUGUCCUUCAUAAGGCAAACCCGGAAGAACCUGUCCAAGAUGCGCACUCAUUGUGAUGCUGUGCGACACAACCCACAGGAUACAGCCCCUUGGGAUCCACUAGAAAAGGUGACAUUCCAGCCUGACCCAGACUUGGAGCAGAGCUUAAACAAUCUAAAGGCAACUUUAGACGAGCUGGAGAGCGCUGGGGGUGAAGCCAAUCUUGACUGUGACAAGUUGAAGCAGCUCACAUUGUCAACAAUCCUGCAGGGCUUACAAGAGAGUGUCCCUGGUGCACAAAGUAGUCCCAAGAAGAAGAAGAAGAAGAAAUGA